AUGGGUAUACGUUACCUUAUCGUCGUUGUAGCUAUAUCGGAUCACAAGGAGGUUGGUUGUGUGGUCAGAGGAGUGCGAGGUUUCCUCGGAUUUUGCGGUUUCUAUCGCAAAUUUAUCAAAAACUACGGACGAAUCGCACGCCCUCUAGAUAAGCUCACGCAGAAGGGACGAACCUUCGAUUGGGAUCCGGACUGUCAAAAAGCCUUCGAAAAACUGCGACAAGCUGUAACAGAAGCUCCGGUCCUGCAUUACUUUCAUACAGAUCGCCUCACUAAGGUAGAGACGGACUCUUCCGACGGGGUGACAGGUAGCAUUCUCUCCCAAUUGGAUCCUGCGACAAAGGAAUGGCAUCCGUUGGCGUUCUUCUCUAAGACUAUGAAUCCUGCAGAAUUGGUACCAAACGCUAUGGUUGUUGACAGACCAUUACGAACACUCUUGAUCAAAGAAGCGCAUGAACAAGUUUCUACGGGACACCCUGGUAUUUGUAAAACGAAGGAACUAUUGGUACAACGAUCGCGGCCCACAAUUCGUUUCGGACUUUUGGACGGAGGUAUGUUCGAUCUUAGGUAUCAAAAUGAAGCUAUCUACAGCAGACCACCCCAAACAGACGGCCAAACGGAAAACAUGAAUCAAUACAUCGAUCAACGCCUACGCCCCUUCGUGAAUUUCUACCAAGACAACUGGGACGAGCUGAUACCUAUGAUGGAUUUCGCCCAAGCUACCUUAAUACAAGAAUCGAUUGGACAAACCCCAUUCUUCACGAUUUUAGGUUUCGAACCCCGCACCAGCUUCGAUUGGAAGGAAAUCCCCGCCAGAACACCAGCCGCCGCUAGAUGGAAUCGAAGGGAGGCUCAAGCGUGGACCGAACGCCUAUAUAACGCUUGGAAAAUUGCUAGCUCUAAUAUGCUAGUCGCACAAGAACGUCAAAGAAUGCAAGCUAAUAAAGGACGUCGCGAAGUUGAUUUCGAUAUCGGGGAUAUGGUAUACUCGCAAACUUGGGGAUCAGAUGAGCGGCCCCUAAGGAUCCUAGAGAGACGCGGAAACGCAUUCAAGCUAGAAUUGCCUGCAGAACUCAAAGUAUACCCGUACUUUAAUCCUGAGAAGCUCCGCAAAGCCGCAGAAGAUCCUUUGCCUGGACAAGCUCAUGCAUCAUCUAUGCCUGAAGAGGUCGAUGGCAACUUGGAGUGGGAAGUCGAAAAAAUACUUUCAGUCCGCAAAGUUUACGGACUGCUCCGCUACAGGGUUAGAUGGCGUGGUUUCGAUACCGACCUCGGUGAAUACUCACCUACCGACCUUAAAAACUCACCGCUAGCACUAAAAGCUUUUCACAACGAGUACCCUGACUUACCCGGGCCACCGAAGAAUCUUAAUUACUGGUUAGAAUGCGCAUUGAAAGACAAGGUUCCGGAAGAUCGAUUGGACGACAAAGAGGAGAACUAG